AAUUUUAUAUCCAUUGUAAUUUUCCUCAUAUCAGAACAAAUUCUAGCUUGUGUCAUUCGUGAAAUCUCAGGGCUAUCACUCUCUUCUCCCUUUUUUACGCCAGGCUGCAAGUAUUUGUUAUUGAACGAAUUACUAUGUUCCAGAAGUUUUAAUCAGUAAUCGUUUUCAAUUCCCUAUUACAAUGUCAGAAUCCGAUGAGAACAGAGAGACCAUAUUAGCCAACUUUCAGGCAUGCACUGGAGUGGAAGAUGUUGCAGAGGCCUUCACUCAGUUGGAAGCUGCCAAUUGGGACUUAAUGACUGCGGUAAACCAGUCAAUGGCACAGGCACAAGCUGGUCCGGACAUCGAGAUGGUAGAACAGCGGAUUAACGGAGAAACAUCUGUAAUCACACCAACUCCAGUCUCAUCAAGUAGUAAUACUGAGCUACCCAUUACAAUUGCCUCUGAUUUUGCCGAGUCACCAUCCACAUCACAAUGCAAGAGUAGAGCUCGGCGUAUUAAUUUCACUGUAACUCACCUGGAUGAAAUCGUUCAGUUUUCUGUACCUGAAAAUUUGACCGUCUGGGAUGUGAAGACAUUAAUAGCUGGCAAAACAGGUGUUCCAGUUUGUCAGCAGUUAUUGGCUGGAUGGGCCAAUGAACCACAAUCAGAUGCUGAUACAUUGACCAAAUUGAAAAUACCCCAUGAAUCUUUCUUGUUUGUCAGCUCUCUGAACUCAGAAAAUAAUGGCUUUAAUACAGGCUCCGAAGAAGAAAAGUUGAAACGGCUCUACACACUGAACGUUCACGAUGAAACAACAAAAAAAGACUAUAGUUUGAAGUAUCCUGGAACAAAGUUAAUCUCGGAAAUCAAGCAAGAUGUAGCAGCAAUCACUUCAAUUCACGUCCGCCAUCAAGUUUGGUCCGGAUGGCCCUCAUCGCUUACAGAUGACAGUACUGAGUUAGGGCUUUCAGGCAUCAUGUACCCUCAGCAUCCACUAUCAGUCAAUAGAUCGCCAGAUGCACCCCCAAGGAAAGAAUGCAAAAGGAUAGUGGUUGAUAUUCCCUCCGACAGCUCAGAAGAUUUCGAAGAAUUUGAAGAUGCCUCAGAAUCAUUCACUGUUGAUGAUGAAAUGUUUGUCGAUGAUGUUGCCUCAAAAAAGCUACAACCACUCCUCCCUAACAAUGUAGAAGAUGAAACCGCUGGCUGUGCACAUUUUGCUGAUGAAUUCAGGAAUAGAUAUGGAUCCAAUCAUCCUGACUUCUAUCCCAGCACUCUAGAUGAAGCUAUCCGGGAAGCUUGUUUCAAGCCUGCUAAAGAGCGGAAAUUAUUAGCAGUUUACCUUCAUCAUGAGGGUAGCGUCCUUACGAAUGUCUUCUGCACCCAGCUGCUGUGUUUCGAUUCAGUCCUGCAGUUUUUAAAGGAUAAUUUCAUUGUUUGGGGUUGGGACCUCACCUACGAGUCAAAUAGAAAUAAGUUCCUCACAUCUGUAACGAAUAGUCUAGGCACGAUGGCUGCCCACACCAUUCGGAAUAUGGAGGUUGAAAGACUGCCUGCAUUACUUAUAAUCAUGAGAAUGCGUUCUAAUAUUGAGAUAUUCACAGUUGUUCAUGGUAACGUAGGAGUCAAUGAACUGCUUACAAGUUUGAUUCAGGCAGUGGACUUGUUCUCCGAACAUCAGCGAAAAGAAGCACGUGAAGAGGAAGAGAGAAAUGCGAGGGAAAUGAUAAAAACAGAACAAGAUCAAGCCUAUCAACAGUCCUUAGAAAUGGAUAGAGCCAAAGAGGAGGCUAAGAAACAGCAAGAACUCACUGAACGGCUAGAAAAAGAAAGACUCGAAAACGAGAGGCAAGAAACAGAAGCCAGAAAACAGGCUCAGAGGCGGGAAGUAGAAAAACAGUUACCCAAAGAACCUGAGGAAGGUGAAACUGUAGGCAUUACCAAAAUUCGCUUUAGAUUACCAAAAGGAGAGAGUAUAGAAAGAAAAUUUUACACUAGUGAUAAAUUGAAGGCUCUGUUGAAUUUUCUGGUUGUCAAAGGUUUCCCUCAAGAAGAAUUUAAAGUCAUAUCUAGUUGGCCCCGGAGAGAUCUCACCAGUUUAGAUAGUGAAGAAACCUUGCAAGAGCUGAAACUCUACCCUCAAGAAACAGUCAUUUUGGAGGAAAGAUAAAGUAAGACAUCAUUUCAACUGAUUCUUUUGCAAACAUAAUUAUUGACAAAAAUACAAUAUGAUUGUCCGUACUACGGUAAAAAUUUGUCAAUUUAAUAUUGUUAUCAUAUUUGUAAACUAAAAAUACUGUCGUGUUUUUAUUGCAACUGGUCUGUAAAUAAUUUGAAUUGUACACAGUUUUUAAUACGGUCCGUAACAGCUAAUCUGUACUGAACAACCUUAAAACCGAAUGAACUUUUCUUUUUAGUCAAAAAUUUUGUUUGUCACCUUUUCUUAAAUUAUAUUUUCAAAAUCCUAGUUUUGGUGGCUUGCAUUUUUAUACUUUUAUAUAAUUGAACUGAAUUCGAGCAUAACUAAUAACUGUCGAUUGCUACUAAAAUUUGAUUCAAUUGUUGAUUUAUUGAUUUUCUUUAAUUUUAUUUUCAUUGCCUGCCAACGAUAAGGGCAGACAAGUUUUUAUGUACUGUCAUAUUUUGUUUUUUUUUUCUUCUUUUCUUGUUUGUUUACCAAAUAAUGGCCAUUGCAAAUAUUGGAUUGAAAUAAGUAUUCUUGACAGAUGUAUGGUUCUGUAUGUUCAUGGAAUUCAAAGUUAAUCUCUUUUUUUUCUCCUUGAUACCUAAUUAAAUUCAAAAAAAAAGAGGGAAAAA